GGGGGGACAGUGAAGCCAACUGCCCAGCCUUGGUCCGCAAGAGACACCUCACGGGUCGGCUCGAGCAGCGGUUUGAUAUCCAGGUGUUGUCGUUGUCCGUUUUACCGAAUUUCUCCUCGCGGGCACGGGCAGGAGGAUUGCUCCUGCAGCCAUGGCGAUGCGGGUGGUCCUCCCGAUGAGCCUCCUGCCGGUCGCGUCGACGCUGGGCGCGCACGACACCGUGCGGGCGCAUUCGAACGCCACCAAGACCAGGUCGGGCAGUUGCGACUGUCUGAGCUUCGCAGACGUCUACUACACAGAGAAGGCCUGGUGCGGCCGGGCGAACGAGCUGUACUUUCUCAGCAAGAACGGCUUCUCCGCGUCCUAUGCCGCCACCGAGCCCAUCACCGGCCUGCCGCACAAGGUGUGCGCCGACAUGUUCAAGAACUUCAAUCAUGGGGCAUGCCUGAACAUCGACCUGUACCCUUUCCCGGAGGACGAGAAGAGCGGCAAGCAGUGGUGCUACGUGUCGAACGACUGCGCAGACUUGAACGGGGGCGGGUAUGCCACCAACGCAGAGGGUUUUGCGCAGAGCAGCUGGCACAACCUGCAGACGGCGUCCUUCCAGCAGUGGAAGAUCUGUGACCCCACGGAGGCGAACACGGAGGCCAUGAUGGUCAAGCCAGUCACGACGGUGGUCGAGAUCGGCAAGGCCAGUGACGUGCCCCUGUCCCGCUUGCUGCGCCUCUCCUACCCCGCCGUCAACAUCAGCUGGGGUGAGGCCAAGUUCCUGUGGGACGCCAUCAACGAGGAGUACGCGGCGGACAGGACCAUCACGGAGAUGGUCGAUGCCAUCCCGCCGAUCAGUGGCUGGGGCAGCGAGAUCGAAGGGGCGCACGCCAGACUGCGCGAGAUCGCAAAGUCUGAGCAGGGCACCAUACUCGACUCCCCGGGCCACGGCGACAACUUCCACGUGGUCCAGGGCCGUGCCGCGUACGCGGUGACCCGGACCCCGCUCGGGAACAUGGCGUACUUGGGCGGCCAUUUCUCCAAGGAGUACGACGUCACUUGUCUCGUCGGCUGCGCAGAGCCCGAGGCCCGUGACGCCGUCGACUUGGAGACGAUGUGAGCCGCUUUUCCCGAGGAGCCGAAGCGCAAUAGAUCUUGGUUCGCCGGAAGCGCAGGGGCUGGCCAAGAGGGGGGGGGGUUCUCUACGGCCGAAGGAGGCGGGGGCGACGCAGAGCCUCACCAUCCGAGCGCCCCUCAGGGCUCAUCCCCCUGGCCCUCGCCAACCGCAACCCUUCUUCUCGGGCCACCCUUGGACUCUUCAGGCGGCCUAGAUGUGCGUAGUAUGUUACGCCGCUGGGCGAGGACUUUGGCCUUGCCGAGACCUGAACAG